UGUCGUGAGGCGAGUUGUUAUAAUUUCAGGUUGAUUAAAGAUUAUCAGACAAAAAACAAACAAAUAUUAGCGGAAGGCGCAAAUUCUUUGAGGAAUCCGAUCAAAGCCUUUCUGCUAAUAAAACACUUAGUGAUAGACUGGAAAAUUAUCGAAAAUUUAAUGAUGCAAAAUGUCGCAAAAGUUUUUAUAAGGAGAAUUGCUGAGGAACGCAUAAAGCAAAAAAUUAAAUAUCCAACAGAAGAAGAUCUCACGGGCGCUGCUACGGCUAUAUUUCGAUUGCAAGAUGUAUAUAAACUUAACACUAAAGAUUUAUCAAAUGGGAAAAUUUUCGAUGUUGGUUCAAAUCAAAAUUUAUCAGCAAGAGAUUGUUUCUUGAUUGGACGCGCGGCGUAUAGGGCCAAGGACUAUUAUCACGCACUUUUGUGGAUGCAAGAAGCAUAUGACAAGGUCCAAAAAGAAAGUGAGCCGUCCUUCGAAGAUCUGCAAGAUAUCAUGGAAAAACUUUCAUUUGCACUUUUCAAACAAGGCAACGUCAAGCGAGCGCUCUUGCUAAUCGAACAACUGAAGGAAAUCGCACCGAAUCAUAAACGAACUGCAAAAAAAAUUAAGUUAUACGAAGAAGCAUUAAAAAAAGAGGGCUUUAAACCGAACGAAUUCCGAGAAAAUAUUCCUCCGAUGGAAAAUCGUCGUUUUGAAGACGAAACGCGAUACAGAACAACGCACAUUUACGAGGCACUUUGCAGAAAUGAAAUUCCCAUUGGCGAUGAAGAAAUUUCAAAACUUUACUGCUAUUAUAAACAAGAUCAUCCUUAUUUACUGCUCGCUCCAUUCAAAGUUGAAAUCGUAAGGUUUGAUCCGUUGGCGGUUAUCUUUCAUGAUGUGAUAUCUAACGAAGAAAUCAGCAUUAUUCAAGAAGUUUCUCAUUCGCGGCUUGAAAGGGCUCAAGUUGUGAGUCCAGCAACGCGGAGAAGGGAACCUGCUUCUUUCCGUAUAAGUAAGAAUGUUUGGCUGGAAAACAACGAGCACGAAAUAGUGGAGCGUCUGAAUCGAAGAAUUCAUCUUAUGACAAAUUUGGAUCUAAAAUUCGCCGAAGACCUUCAAAUCGCAAAUUAUGGUAUUGGUGGCUACUAUGAUGUGCAUUACGAUUUUUUCAUGAAAGAUAGCCCACUCCUUGAAUCACUUCCGCAAGGUAAUCGCAUCGCAACUGUUUUGUUCUACAUGAGUCAGCCUGAAAUUGGUGGUGCAACUGCUUUUAUUCCGAUUAAAACAACAGUUCUGCCUUCGAAAAAUGGUGCAUUAUUUUGGUAUAAUUUAGUACGUAGUGGUGAAGGAGAUCAUAGAACUCACCAUGCAGCUUGUCCGGUACUCGUAGGCAUUAAAUGGAUAGCAAAUAAAUGGAUCCAUGAAGCUGGUCAGGAAUUUCUCAGACCAUGUGGUUUAAAAGAGACUGAUCAAGAAGCGUUCGUUGGUGACCUUGGAGGACCAGUUCCGAAGGACCAUUCUAAUAUUCGUUCUUAA